UUUUAUCUUAUUGGUCAUGUUACCCACAAUUUGAGCAUUUCGUAAUUAUGUGAUUUGGCGUUUUGUACGAAUCUUUAACUUCAGUUCAAAAUUUUGUCGUAAGAGGCACUACCUGCUUAACACAUGUGGUUUGUUUGUAGAAAAUGAUAGAAGUAUAACCUCAGUAACGUAAGACAACUUUCUAUUUAUUAUUAGGUGAUGUUAUAAUCCUAAGCAGGAAGAAGAUUGACGCAAAAUGAAGCAUAUAAGAAGCAAAUACCGUAAGAAGCAGCCAGCUUUGAACAUUAGCUCAAAGCGAUUGGCGAUGCACAGUAGGGGAGAAGGAAUUGAUUUAAAGCGUAAAACAUCUAGGAUACGGAACAAAGUGCAAAGACAAAAGUUGAUAGCAAAGGAGAAAGUUAUAGACGAGACUGUAAAGGAUACAGCUCGAGCAGAGAUAUUACUGACUGAAGAUUAUGGUUGUUUGGAAACAGAACCAGGAGAACGAACAACACGAUUUAGGCAGUCACAGAUUGCAGAGAAUGUAGAUAUAACUAGCGCGACUAAGCAUUUUUCAUUAAAACUAGAUUUUGGCCCAUACUAUAUAAAGUACACAAGAAAUGGUAGGCACCUGGUUCUGGGUGGACGGAAAGGACAUGUAGCUGCCUUAGAUUGGGUCACGAAGCAGUUGGCCUGUGAGAUGAAUGUAAUGGAAUCAGUCCACGAUGUCUCAUGGUUACACAUUGAGACCAUGUUUGCCGUAGCACAAAAGGAUUGGGUAUAUGUAUAUGAUAAUCAAGGAAUUGAACUGCACUGUCUAAAGCAAAUGCAUAAAGUAAACAAGAUGGAGUUCUUACCUUAUCAUUUUUUACUUGCCACUGGCUCCAGAGAAGGCUACUUAGCUUGGCUUGAUGUCUCAAUAGGAAACAUGGUUAAUGUAUACAAUGCCAAACUUGGAUGUAUACAGGCAAUGACACAGAAUCCAUAUAAUGCAGUACUAUGUGUGGGUAGUUCAAAAGGAGUGGUCUCUAUGUGGUCGCCAAACAGUAGAGAUCCAUUAGCAAAAAUGUUGUGCCAUAAGCAGGCAAUAAAUGCAUUAGCUGUACAUCCUCAGGGCACUCUUAUGGCGACUAGCUGUGUAGCAAAUUUUGUAAAGGUGUGGGACGUUAGACAGUUGACUGGUCCAGUACAUAAUUACCAAACACGAUCUCCAGUUCAACAUUUGUCUUACAGUGACCGUGGUCAGUUGGCCAUGGCAAUGGGGAAUGUAGUGGAGGUUUACAGACCAUUAGAUAAUGAAAUGAAACCAUAUUUGCGGCACAAGGCCGACUGGACAGUAACGAGUCUGCAGUUCUGCCCGUUCGAGGAUGUCCUGGGUAUUGGUACAAUGCGAGGAGUCUCGUCUCUUCUGAUACCUGGAAGCGGGGAAGCUAAUUAUGAUGCUCUGGAAAUUAAUCCAUUCCAAGCCAAGAGUCAGAGACGCGAAGCUGAAGUGAAAGCUCUCCUAGAUAAGAUUCAACCCGAACUUAUUACUUUGGAUCCGGUUGCCAUAGCGGAGGUGGACGUACCUAGUUUGGAGGACAAAAUAGAAGCAAGGAAGAAACUCUUGUAUCUUAAACCAAAGGAUAUAGAAUUUAAACCGCGUCGAACGAAAGCUAAAGGAAGAGGUGGAACAGCUAAAGUUAUUAAAACGAAAAAGAUUCUGAAGGACUUGAACCGAAGGGAAUACGUUGCCACUAUUCGGCAGGCAAACGUACUGCCGGAAGUGAAAAAAACAGAAAAGCCGCGGAUGAAGGAUUAUGGAGUGUUGAACAGAUUUGUAUCGAAAACUAGAUAACGCGUAUUAUUUAAUUCCCAUUAUCCUGACUUGAUAAUCUGUAAUUAACUUAUAAUUAAAUCUUUUGUGCUUUCUACUUAAAA